AUGAUGAUGCAACGCAACACCACCAUAUCGUCGUCGGCGAAGGCCAAGAGAGGGGUCGUUAGCAGCCUGCAGGGCCCGAGGCCGCUGCCGCUGAGCCUGCUGGACACCGCGUCGUCGUCGUCGCCGCCCCGGCCGGCCAAGAGACCUCGCGUCGUCAACGGCGGCGGCGACGACGACAAUGAUGUCAGGGCACCGCCGGCGGCGGCCGCGGCGCGGGGGCCAGUGAUCCUGUACGAGCACACGCCCAAGGUCAUCCACGCGCGCCCGGACGAGUUCAAGGCCCUCGUGCAGAGGCUCACCGGCCGGCAACCGACCGGGACCGCGGGCGGCGGCGGCCAUCAGGGUCAAGAGGCCGUGCUUCGGCCGGCGGCACAGACGGCGGCGGCGCCGUCGUCGUGGCAGCAGGCGGGUGGCGGCGACCCCCUGGUGAUCACGCUCGGGCAGCAGCAGCAGGUCCCGCUCCCGCCGCCGCUGCCGCUUGAUGAACAUCACCACACGCCGCCGGGGCUGCCUUCGCCGGGCGGUGCUGGUUUCCUUCUCUCCCCGAGCAGCUUCCUCUUCUCGCCCGCCACCAUGCAGGCCAUACAGGAGCUCAUCAGCUGA